AUGAUAUCCUGUUACAGCACAACAAAUCAACGGUUGUGGCUAGAGGGGAUCCGACGGGUUCUUCAUGAACAUGGCUCUUACAUCCUUCUCGUUGUUGAGCAACUGGUUGGUGUAUGUCUUUUUAUUUUUGCCCGACCGAAUCUUGCUCCUUUUAUAAGGGAUUUUGCUGUUUCGUCUGUAAAAACGGGUAUGGGAGGAGCAACUGGCAACAAGGGCUCCGUUGCUUUCCGAAUGGUUGUACAUUCUACGAGCUUUUGUUUUGUAUGCUCGCAUUUCGCUGCUGGACAAAAUGAGGUGAGAGAUCGUAAUGAAGACUUCACUUCUGCUUUAAGAAGAAUCAAAUUCUCUCAUGGAAAGGACAUUGAAUCUCACGACAUUAUUUUCUGGUUUGGUGAUUUCAAUUACAGAUGUUGUCUGAAAGGAGUUAUGUCAGCCGUUUUCUGCUAA